AUGCCUCUCCAUCUCCUCAGCAAGAAAUCGUGGAACGUCUACUCCCCUGUGAACAUCGAGCGUGUGAAGCGUGAUGAAGCCAAAGCCCGCCGUCAAGCCACCGAACAAGAAAAGCGCAGCCUCAAGCAGGAGGCUGGUGAUCGACUGUCUACUUUACAACAACAGAGUAAGAACCAGAGCAAAAGCCUGAAACGCAAGCUGCCGGGAGAAGAUGAUACGGAUCGCGAUAUUCGGCUUGCCCUGGAAAUUUCACCAGCGUCCACCAACAAAGAGAAGCAAGACUACGGUUCCCUCGUUGAUGCGAAUGGCCAUAUCUCCCUAAUACCUGUACCCGAGAAACGAUCUUGCGUCGAUCAAGAAGAAGCAAAAGACCCAUACACCGUCUACCUCACCGACGCCAUUGGCAAACGAGAUCGAUCGAAAGACACAUGGUAUACGUCUAUCCAGCCAGAGCGCCAAAAAUGGGGUGACGAUAACCCCCAGAAACAGGAACGAGAACUCGCACGGCUCAAUGCAAACGACCCUCUCGCGGCCAUGAAGAGAGGUGUCAAAGCUCUCAGGGAGAAUGAGAGACAGAGACAGGAGUGGAUGAGGGAGCGCGAAAGGGAUCUAGAGGAGGUCGUAGAGAUGGAUAUGCGAAAUCAGAAGUUAAUGAGCAUCAUCGGGAUCGAAAGGACGAACAUCGUCUUGGGCAUUACCAUAGGCACCAUCAUCAUCAUCGACAUAGACGACGGCAUCGAGAUCACCAAGCUAUCGAAGAUAACCAGGACCCUCACCAAAGGCAUGGACACCAUGGAGGAGACGAUACCGACAGAGCCAAGGGCAGAGAAACCGACGAAACCUGAUGGAGUCAAGACGUUUCAAUGCAGAGUUAAUACUCGACUUCUGCUACCCAAGUCCUACCGCCAGGUCUGUGUGCCGAAUGCUUAA